CGGCUUCACGCAAGCACUUCCCACCUCGGGCGAAAGUCCGCCGGGCGCCGGAUCCGCCGCCCGGCCGAGAGGAGGGGUCGCGCCCGCCCGCCGCUCGCCGCUUUCCCGGGGAUUGCUACUCUGCUUUGAACUUAAAUGAACUAGCCCCGGACCGCGGGAGGAGGAGGAGGGAGAGCCGCGUCCUCCUGCGCCUUCUGCCGCCUGGCCGCCGGCCGCACCUUGCUCCGGCACCCCCUCCCCGCCGCCGGGGAUGCUCUGAGCCCUCCCAGCCAUGACACCCACCUGCCCCCCGGCGCCGCCAGUCCCUCGCUCCCACGGACUCUGCUGACUCCCCCAAGGCCGGCGCAGCCCUCCCGCCCCCCGGAAAGUACUUCGCUGCCCGCUCCGCCGGGCCGGGGGCCCAGUGCAUCCCGCUGCUCUCCUCCUCUCCUCUCCUCGUGUGCUUUUUUGUUUUGUUUUCCUUUUUUUUUUUUUUUAAUUUUUUUCUCCCCUAAGUCUUGAAGUUGAGUUUUAGAGGCGACACGGCGGCUUCAGCCGAUUUCUUCCCCUUCCUUUGCCUCCCCAUGGAUAUGCACUGCAAAGCAGACCCCUUCUCAGCAAUGCACCCAGGGCACGGGGGUGUGAACCAGCUCGGGGGGGUGUUUGUGAACGGCAGGCCCCUACCUGACGUGGUGAGACAAAGGAUAGUGGAGCUGGCUCACCAGGGGGUGCGACCCUGUGACAUUUCCAGGCAGCUGCGGGUCAGCCACGGUUGUGUCAGCAAGAUCUUGGGCAGGUAUUACGAGACGGGGAGCAUCAAGCCCGGCGUGAUCGGAGGCUCCAAACCCAAAGUGGCCACCCCCAAAGUAGUGGAUAAAAUCGCCGAGUACAAGAGACAAAACCCGACAAUGUUCGCCUGGGAAAUCCGGGACAGGCUAUUGGCCGAGGGCAUCUGCGACAACGACACGGUCCCCAGCGUCUCUUCCAUAAACAGGAUCAUCAGAACCAAAGUUCAGCAACCUUUUCACCCAACACCAGAUGGGAGUGGGACAGGUGUGACUGCACCAGGACAUACUAUUGUGCCCAGCACAGCAUCCCCUCCUGUCUCCAGUGCCUCCAAUGAUCCAGUGGGCUCUUACUCCAUUAACGGGAUCCUGGGGAUUCCUCGGUCGAAUGGCGAGAAGAGGAAACGUGAUGAAGAUGUGUCCGAGGGCUCAGUUCCCAAUGGAGAUUCCCAGAGCAGCGUGGACAGUUUGCGGAAGCACCUUCGUGGCGACACUUUCACCCAGCAGCAGCUGGAAGCUUUAGAUCGAGUUUUUGAGCGUCCUUCUUACCCUGACGUCUUUCAAACAUCAGAGCACAUCAAAUCUGAGCAGGGUAAUGAGUACUCCCUCCCAGCUCUGACCCCUGGUCUCGAUGAAGUCAAAUCAAGUCUAUCCACCUCUGCUAACCCAGACCUGGGGACAAAUGUGUCAGGACCCCAGACGUACCCUGUGGUGACCGAAAACCUCUCCUCUCCCCUCAGUAUAAAGCAAGAGCCUCAUGGAGCCUCUCUCACCCCUUUCACCCCCACCACGCCGGUCGGCUCUGGGCAGGCUGAUCUUCAGCCCUUCCACAUGGCCCUUUCAGACGAUGCGUCCACGCCUUGCUACAGUGCCUUCCUUCAUCAUGGUGCCCACUUUGGGCAGUCCAGCAGCCAGCCUCUGAUAGCAGGUCGUGAUAUGGCAAGCACCACCUUGCCUGGCUACCCACCCCAUGUUCCCCCAACUGGACAAGGCAGCUACCCAACAUCAACUCUUGCAGGAAUGGUUCCUGGGAGCGAGUUCUCAGGGAACCCCUACAGCCACCCUCAGUACACGACCUACAACGAGGCCUGGCGGUUCAGCAACCCUGCAUUACUAAGUUCCCCUUAUUAUUAUAGUGCCACAUCCCGGGGCUCCGCACCUCCCACUGCUGCCGCUGCCUAUGACCGCCACUAGUUACCAUGGAAACCACAUGAAACUGCAGGGCGACAGCUUAGGCCUCCACAUUGUACCUGUCUGAUCACCUCCCUCCAUCCCUGGCAAGGGUGAAGAGACCUUCUCCGUUCCUCCCCACAGUCCAGUUCCUUCCUCUUGGCCACGAAGGCGCCGGACCAAGCGCUCACCACAUGAGACUGAGACCCCCUGGUUCCCCUGCCCUCCGCCCGACCGCUGCCCCCACGCCAGCAUCAGCCUGCGGCCAAGCGGCUUCCCCUGCAGGAGCCCUCAACACCCGCAGACAGCUCUGCCAUGCAAAGUCCUCUCGGCUCCCAGGACUCCAGGGGGCUGGGAAGCAAUGCAGCUGGCAACCAUUGCCUUGCAGGACCCCUUUCUGGGAGCGGUAAGGGCCAGGGAAACAGGGGAGAAUGCCGCUCGUGAAACACUGUUCCCCAAAGAUACGCUCUUCUGUGGUGGACUCUUGAGUGUGUGUAACCUGUGAUGCUCACCCUGUUUCCCAGGACAGAGGGAAUGGUCUGGCUAGAGCAGAGAUGGCAGCACAGAGACCUGGCCCAUCUGGUAAUGAAGAAAGGACCAAGUAAAGAUCUGCACCCCAUGAGGGGUUCUCUGUGCACCUCAUCCCCACUUUCCAGCAUGGAUUCCCCCAGACUUGGCUGCACCUCACAGGUGGUGACUUUGAAGGCCAGAGUUGGGAGGAACCUCACACAUACACCCACAAUUUCUGUGACACACAAUCAGCUCAGACAGGAGGAUGGAGCAACAUUUACAAACAAACCGACGAAAUGAAGAAAUAUAUAAAUAGAUAUAUAAAUAUAACUGUGUUUUUAUGCUUUGUCAUGAAGGUCUGUAAAAAGGAACAAAAAAAAUCCCCAAUUUUCUAAAAAACCCAAGCAAACAAAACCAACAAAAAAACCAAAAUAAUAAUUAAAAAACCCUACAAAAAUAAAACUCCAAGUCCCAUCUCUCCCCACCACCUGAAUGGCAGACGAGUUCCUCUGACGUUUGAUGCUCCUCUUUCACUCUAGGGUUUUGUUUCCUUUCUGUUUUGCACUACAAUGGGAUGAUGGUAUUGGAGAGGAUUGGAUGCCAGCUCCACCCGGUCGCCUCCUCCUCCCCCUCCUUUCCCAAAUCCUGUCUCUGGGGAGCAGUGUGGACAAGUCACAUCUGACAAAGUUACCAAAUACAUCAGUCAACAAAAAAAAAGCACUCUGAGGCAACAAAAGUUUUCCAUGUCACUGGUUGGCAAACAAAGAAAACAAGCCCAGCUGCGCUCUCACUGCGCCGUGUGGUGGAAAGUGUGGGGCUUCAUGUGGGCCCAUCUGAUUGCCCUCUGGACAGCUGAGACUGAGAUGGACAAAUUCAGGAUUGGCUGGGAUAAUUGCUUGGUUCCCUAGUCCUUAGCCUUCAGUCCUUUUACCUUAAACUCUGUACCUGUGAUGACUUCAGUUCACCCACAUCCCAACUUUUGCAAUUUUAGAUAUGCCCAACACCCAUUCUCCAGACCUCCGCUGCUGGUGACAACCACCUCAUAAUCUGUGCCCAACACCUAAUUUCCUAACCAUUAUAGCCCUGCUAUAUGGGCCCCCUUUGAUUCCCCACCCAUCUGCUCAUACACCUACUAAUUUAUAAGGUCCCCAUUCAAAUCCAUAUGCUUGCAUCCUACCGGCCAGACCCAAUAUACAGCCUCAUCUUUUCAUCUUCAAUCCUGUAUUGUGCACCCUAAUAUUUACCCCUUAUCCCAAAUGCUCACCUGAUGAUUCUCUAGGGAUUCUCUGCUCAUUUUGGUUCCCAAGUGACGGACAAACACUGUUCUGCAAAAGGUUAACUGUCAGUAGAAAUGCUUAUUACUCCUGUAUUGUCAGCAAACUCAUAAACUGUUCCUUGCACUGACACUUCCUCAAAAUUACUCAAAGAAAACAUGAAGGCAUCUAUAGCCUGUCCCCGGGGCACCAAGUCUGCCAAAGUAGAUCCUUAUUGUUUUAGAGAGGUUUCAGAUAAAACUCGUGGGCUAUUGUCCAUGGACAAAGACAGGAUUGAGAAUAAAACCCCUGAAGGCCAUAAAAGUGAACAGUGGAGCAAUCUGUACAGCCAACAUCAUGUAUAAAAUCCAAAGUUCCAUGCCUCUGAGGAGAUGUGGUAGUGGACUUGGUAUUCUGUCUCCAAGUUUAACUUGUAUGUAUGAAAUCCACCAUCAGUAAACAGCUGUGUUGAUCCCAAAGGCCCCUCUCACCUACCUUUUUCAGCCUUUGCAUGGCUUUAGCUGAUUAUAGGUCUGUGUCUUCUUUUAUGGGGUGCCCAAAUGAUAAGGGUAUUUGGGGGGACAUUUACAUAGAAGAUAUAGAGCUAAAAUCUGUUCCUGUACAGAAUAAAAUCAAAGAGGUUACUCCUGAUCUAUUAAAAGUGUCAUUCUGCACAUCUUACCUCUGAGUAACCUGCUGCAAAUAGCAGAGUUGUUACACUGUCAUCAAGACCAGAAUUUGGCCUGUUGUCUGAGCUUACUCUAAGAGAAGAAAAUUAUGUUUGAUUUCUAAAAAUAUACUUUCACCACUCCUUCUGUUUCCCUUCACAGACACCAGGUAGAUGCUGAGCCCUGUUAGAAUGGUCUCUUAGUCUCUCAGUACAACCUCUGCUCUGUUUGUGCACCACCCAGAUUCACUCAGCAGGUAGUCAGUGCAGAGGCAAGAAAUCCCAGGACAAGCAAAGAGAAGCUCCUGAGGAAGUUAGAGACAAUGAGACUGUCACACCUCACACUUGGCCACCUGAAGCCCAGGGCCCAGGUCAAGAGAAGCCAGAAGCUUAGAAAUGCUUAUUUUUAUAAUGGUGUUUCACUAAACUUGAGGACAUGAGCUAGAGUCUGAAAGCAGGAUUUAGUUGUCUCACUCAUGGCUGGCUUGAUUUGACCCUUGGAGGGCCAAAUCUGUUGUUGGUUUAGUUCCACUAGUAAAAGAGGAUUUCCACUAGGCAUUGGAUUCGUCUGGAAAGUUCAUAAGUACAGCACGUAGUUUGACCAGGAAAAUUCAAAGGAAAGCAGAAUUACACAAAGGACUGGGCAGUCUAAUCCUCUUCCACCACCAUCUGUAGACCCUCAUGCGAAUGUACUGAAUUACAUUUGCCAAAGAGUUUCUUGUGUUGGUUGUUUUGAUUUACAGUCGGUGGAUGCAUUGUAAAGCAGUAUUAUAGCCCAAGUCUAGUAGCUGACAUGGGGAUUUAUGUGGUGAUAUUAUGCAGAAGAAAACCAUCAAUAUUCAUCUAGAUUCCAUUAGACUGGACUAUGCAGGAAACGCAAAAAUUCUACCAAUUAUUUAAUAUUAUGUUAUUUGCAAAAAACAAUUGCUGCUUUGUAGGAAGAUAAUGUGUGUAAUGUGAAGGCAAUUCCUCUUGUAUAUAAGUUCAUCUCCAUCUUCAUCAUGGUAGUUAUUAAAACAGCCUCGUCUCAUCCUGUAGAUAAGGAACACGCUGUGUGUACUGUGCAAGUCUCGUUGUGCUCACUGAAAACAAAACAAUGUGUUCAAUAAAGCACAGCACAAAUCCAGAACCUGAGGGAACAGCCAAAACUUGUAAGGACCCUUUCCCCAACAGGCCAACAGCUGCUUUGUUAUAGGUGGGGGUUUUAAAUUAUUUUCCUUUAAACAAUGUUACAGGAAAAAGUGAAAAAGGAUUGGAGGAAGAAAUCAUUAUGCAAAAUCCAGUGAAGUCUAUAACACAAACCACUCCUCCGUUCUGCUGUCUCUUACCUUUCUCAUAUUUCUUUCUCAUACCCUCUUUCCAUACAAUUUCUAUCCCUCUCUUUUAUUAUUUCUCAUUCCCAAGGCACUUUUCUAUCCAGGGAGGGAAGAGCAUUACUGAUAUGAGAGCAGGUAUCUGGGACCUCAAACCCCAUAGCUCUCCUGCAGCUCUAGAAAACCUUUGUCAAGUCCAAUUUCCCCACACACCUCAAUUCCAACACUCAGUAAAAUGGGAAUAACAACAGUUUCUAGUCCACAGGGGGAUUGCACAGCUGAAUUAAUUAGCACCGGCUCAGUGCUUUGAGAUUCUGGAUAGAAAAUUCUAUCAAAAUGUUAAGCAUUAUUGUGAAUAAUAAUUAAUGUUUCCAUGACAUUUCUCUCUUUUCCUUUUCCUCACAAAUCAUUCUUUGUUUCUUUAUUCUUCUUCCUUAGCUGUCCCUUCACUUCUUUCUUCUCAGGUCAUUCUUAGUUCUGUUGCUACAUUUGCUUUAUCUAAUGGACCAAGCAGAAAUGUUGUGAUACUGGGUCUCCUGUCUCCACUUGAUCAUGGGGGAAGAAUCUCACAAAAUCUCAAAUGCUGUGCUUGGCUGGAAACAACAGGGACCAUGGCAUUCAAAACUGGGCAGUACCUUUGAGUCCUGCUCUCUGAAGCUCUCUCACAUCCUUUUGGCCCAAUGGGAUGUGGGGAGGAUUGCAUGAGGUGGAUGCAGUAAAGCUGACACUUGUGGCCUGUAAAUCUGUUGGGGAGAGUUGGUGGCAAUGAGCCCUGCUGUGGAAACAGAGGAAAGUUUGCAUGCUUUCUGACCCAUCAGUAGCGAUGAAUCAAACUCAGAGUAAGACUUUGGAAUUAAUCACAACAUAAAUAUGAGGAUGUUACACAAGAAAAGGAAAACAAAAUGCCCUGCACCUCUUUCUUCUCUUGAGUAUAAAAUUAUAUAUGCUUAUUAACAUUUUCCUAAAGGAAUUUUUGUUUUGCUGAACUGUUGGAAAAACUCCACCCCUUUGUUCCUGAGGAAAAGCACCCCUCUGGAAUAAGAAAUAAGAAUCAUAGCUGAGCUGCCCCCUUUGGCACUGACAGAGUGAGGGCUUCUGAGGGACCCACAAAUACCACAGUGUGCUCCUUGGCUGAGCCCAGGAUGGUGGUAGACAUGCAAAGCAGGGAGGAGGGACCAAACUGCCAAUUACAGAGCUGAUGACAAAUAUAAGUGUAGAGCAGCUCUGCUGAUGAUCUCCAGGCUAAGCUAGACACGAGACCGGGGAGGGAGGGGGCCAGUGCCAGGUGCAGGGUCACAUCCAUUCUCGGCUUCUGCAGCCCCUCUUGGCUUUUCCUCAUCACUUCAGUUCUGUUUGACUCUUUUAUUUUCUCUUUUUGUGCACAUGAGAAAUAAAAGCAAAUUUUUUUUCUAUGUCA